GGCGGGAGCGGAGCCGCGGCGCGCGCUCGCCCCGGACGCCGGCCGGCCGCCCGCCAGCCCGAGCGAGCGGCCCGGGGCGUCGAGGGGGCCCGCGCCGCGCCGGGCGCCGCCGCCCUGGCAGCCAUGUGCUCCCAGCUCUGGUUCCUGACGGACCGGCGCAUCCGCGAGGACUACCCGCAGGUGCAGAUCCUGCGCGCCCUCCGGCAGCGCUGCUCCGAGCAGGACGUGCGCUUCCGGGCGGUGCUCAUGGACCAGAUCGCCGUCACCGUCGUCGGCGGCCACCUCGGCCUGCAGCUGAACCAGAAGGCGCUCACCACUUUCCCAGAUGUGGUGCUCGUGCGGGUGCCCACCCCCUCGGUGCAGUCGGACAGCGACAUCACGGUCCUGCGCCACCUGGAGAAGCUGGGCUGCCGCCUCGUCAACCGCCCACAGAGCAUUUUAAACUGCGUCAACAAGUUCUGGACUUUCCAAGAGCUGGCUGGGCAUGGGGUUCCCAUGCCAGACACCUUCUCCUAUGGUGGGCACGAAGACUUUUCCAAGAUGAUCGAUGAAGCUGAGCCCCUCGGCUACCCGGUCGUGGUGAAGAGCACGCGAGGACACCGGGGAAAAGCUGUUUUUCUUGCAAGAGAUAAACAUCACCUCUCAGACAUCUGCCAUCUGAUCCGCCAUGAUGUGCCCUACCUGUUCCAGAAGUAUGUGAAGGAGUCACACGGCAAAGAUAUCCGGGUGGUGGUGGUAGGGGGCCGGGUGAUAGGCUCUAUGCUUCGCUGCUCCACAGAUGGACGGAUGCAAAGCAACUGCUCUCUCGGCGGUGUGGGCGUCAUGUGCCCGCUGACAGAGCAAGGCAAGCAGUUGGCCGUUCAGGUGUCCAACAUCCUGGGCAUGGACUUCUGUGGCAUCGAUCUCCUCAUCAUGGAUGAUGGCUCCUUUGUGGUGUGUGAGGCAAACGCCAACGUCGGCUUCCUAGCCUUCGACCAGGCGUGCAAUUUAGAUGUGGGUAGCAUCAUCGCGGACUACACCAUGUCCUUGCUGCCCAGUAGGCAGACUGGCAAGAUGGCUGUCCUCCCAGGACUGUCUAGUCCCAGGGAGAAGAAAGAGCCAGAUGGCUGCGCUUCAGCUCAGGGAGUUGCGGAGAGCGUCUACGCCAUCAACAAUGGGUCUACCUCUAGCGAGAGUGAGCCUGAACUGGGAGAGAUCCGGGAUUCCUCAGUGAGCACAACGGGGGCCCCGCCCCCCAUGCUGCCCGAACCUGGCUAUAACAUUAACAACAGGAUUGCUUCAGAAUUAAAACUUAAGUGAAUUCCUGCUUUUUGGCAGCAUUUAAACCAAAUCCUACUGCUUCCCUAUAGUUUUGAGUGAAUAAAAUCCAGACUAAUGUGAUUUCAUUUGCACAGAAACUAGAAAAUCCCAUCUGGGCACUCAGCAUUCUUUCUAACGAUGAUUUAAGCAAACAGCUUAGCUUUGUGGUUUUUACAGACACUAAUAUAAAAACACUCACCAAGAGCAACAUCCCGGGCGAUCGACUUGAGACCGAUGUCUGCCGCGAGCACUUGAAUGCUACGGCUGACUUUUAAGGCGCUGCCUGGGAGCUGCUGCUUCUGGCUGUUUCCAGCAGAGCCCAUGAACUCAGACCGGCUCCCGGAAGUGCUGCACCCAGGAGCCACCCCCGGAGGCAGGCGGGUGCCGGAGAGAAGGAAUGUGACUGCAGUUACCUGGCUCUUCGCUAAGUGUGUGUGUGUGAUGCUUGAAGAAUACACAGUUCAGUCUCUGCUCCCCGUCGAUCACCAUCUUGGCCAUAUUUCUCUGACACUCAGGAUAUGGUGUUUUAGGGAGCUUCCUCAUUAGCAUUUU